AUGAAUCUGAGAGAACGAAAGUUUGUUGAUUACGUCCUGACACCCCCAAGAAUCCUGAAAAGUGCGACCUCAGCGGCUGUUCCGCAAGAGGAUGUACCACUCCGUCAGCCGUCUUCCAGAACAAUCAGAUCAGCUCGACGUUACAGUCCUUCCGAAGGAAAUUUUCUUCCAGUUAGAACCUUAAGCGGAACAGGAGUACCUUCCCAGAUUUCAGUAUUCAAACAACUGAGCUGUCAAAGACAGUCGUCAUCUGCUAGUCUUCCACUGAAUUCGAGUUCUUCACAACAACCACACCGAAAAGGAAACGGUACUCCAAAUGUUGCCCCUGGGAAUGGAGCGAACAUUCCCAAAUUAUCAUGCACGAGAAGCUUGACGUCACAGAAAAAAUCAACCGAAUCACUUUUGAAACCACUCAAGCCUAUUGAUGGUCAAUGUAGCAGAGUAUCUCGUCCGAGAUGUCGAUCAACGAAUCCGCAACCAACUAUUGUGCCGAGAAAGGCAUCGAACGCCUCUACUGCAGGCAGCAGAAACAGAAAUGUCUUAAAAUCAGUAGUUCCGGCAGCGAGAUCUUGUCGUCCGAGAGCAUGCUCCACUGCAUCGAAAACUAGGGAGCCAAGCAGUCAAAGAAUAUCGCCAGUUGUUAAUCGUCGUCCGAAUUCGAAUUCUACACGACAAUUAAAUCAAAAUGGAAACGGUACUCCAAAUAUUGAUCCUGAGAAUGGAGCGAGUAUUCGUAGAUCAUCAAGCUUGGCGGCGAAGAAAAAAUCAAUUGAACCACUUGUGAAACCACUCAUGCCGAAUGUUGGUCGAACUAGAAGUGCCCCUCGGCCGAGAUGUCGAUCAACGAAUCUGAAGCCAACUAGUUCUGCAGGCAACAAAAACAAAAAUGUCCUAAAAACAUUAAUUCCGACAGCGAGAUCUUGUAAGUCUGAAGUUCUCAAGGCGACUCCAGUUCAGCAAAGAGUGCAAAAUGCUCCACACCAGCGCAAGAGAGUCGAAUCGCAUCUCAACUAUGAUUUUGAAAUGGAGUCGGAGUCGAAAGAAAAGUGGGACGAGUCCUCAGAUGACGAAAACGAAUCCGACGACACCACGUCGGAUGAAGACGAAGAUACCACCCCAAAACGAAGUAAAAAGGAUUAUGAUCCACUAUCGGAAAUAAAUAGCUCUUUCCAACCACUGAUGCCAAUCAAAAACACAACAACGGAGCCAAGAAAGUUCAAGGAAAUGCAAGAGUUGUGGUCGAAACUCGUGAACGAUAUUCCAGAGGGAAUGUUUCCUGACUACAAAUUGUGUCUUCGUGAUAUGCUGACUGGACGUGUUUCUAGCCAGAAUUCUGUUGCGUCGUUAGUUCCUGGACUCCCAGCUCGCGCAGUUCCAACACAUAAUAAACUUUAUGUACUACUAUAUGAGGCAUCAGGAGCGCAUCCUUGCAAAUAUCACGAAGGAACUAAAUUGGUCUCCCAGCAUAAGCUCGCUGAUACUUCUCAGAUUGGAGCCCAAAUGUUGCUGGAAUGUCUCGACAAUGGAGUCGUGCCGUUCGAUCCUAACGCUGAGACAAGAAUUCUGAAGGAAAUUCAAACUUAUGUUAGAAUUGGUAUCAAAGAUAUGCUUCAAGAUAUGGUUGAGCGCCUUUCGAAGGAUCGUAAUAUCAUCACCGCGGAUGAUUUGAAAGAGACACUCGUCGCUCGACUUUUCGACUCUAAUAAUUUGGAGUGA